AUGCUACACAUAGCCAAAGGUCGUGGCUUAGCGCGAAUCUUCAGCCGACGCUUCGCGACGGCUCAAGAUCGCGACGAUUUCCGACUACAGGAGUAUUCUCAGAAAUACCUUGGCUAUAGAAAGGCGGCUUUCACUGAAAAACUGGAAUUGAUCGACUCUUCCAAGAUGGCCGCUGUCCCGAUUUACCGUGUCACCGACGGUCUCGGCAAUUUCAUCGACGAGUCACAGGAUCCCAAUUUUGGAAAGGAAAAGUCCGUGAGAAUUUACGAGACGAUGACGCAAUUGAACAUUAUGGAUCGAAUUCUUUACGAUUCGCAGCGCCAAGGGCGAAUCUCGUUCUACAUGACUAACUUUGGGGAAGAGGGUAACCACGUCGGAUCUGCUGCUGCUUUGGAGAGUCAAGAUUUGGUUUAUGGGCAGUAUCGCGAGGUCGGUGUCCUGAUGUGGCGCGGCUUCCCACUAGAGCAAUUUAUGCACCAAUGCUACGGAAAUAGUAUGGAUAUUGGCAAAGGCAAGCAGAUGCCAGUGCACUAUGGUUCCAAGGAACACAAUUUCGUGACGAUCUCUAGUCCGUUGACUACGCAAUUGCCUCAGGCUGUCGGAAGCGCAUAUGCUUUUAAACGACAACCCAACAAUGAUCGAGUCGUUUGCGUCUAUUUUGGUGAUGGAGCAGCUUCUGAGGGCGAUGCACAUGCUGCGUUCAACUUUGCUGCAACUUUGGAUUGCCCGAUAAUUUUCUUCUGCCGCAACAAUGGCUACGCGAUUUCCACACCUACUUCCGAACAGUAUGCUGGCGAUGGAAUCGCAGGAAAAGGUCCCGGCUAUGGUUUGCACACCAUUCGCGUGGACGGAAACGAUUUGUUUGCGGUCUACAAUGCGACGAGAGAGGCGCGACGGGUGGCUUUGACCAACAAAGCUGUGAUCAUUGAGGCGAUGACUUAUCGUCUCGGCCAUCACUCGACUUCUGAUGACUCUACCGCAUACAGGUCGGCAGAAGAAGUGCAGACAUGGGGUGACAAAGAUCAUCCGAUCGAGCGCUUCAAGUCGUAUUUGCUGAGAAAGGGAUGGUGGUCUGAUGAGCGGGAGAAGGAAUGGCAGAAGGAAGUUCGAACCAAGGUCCUCAAGGCCUUCGGAGAUGCGGAGAAGACGAAACUCGCCCACUACCACGAGCUGUUUGAGGGUGUUUAUGAUGAGCUGCCCAUCAUCCUCAAAAAACAACGCGCGGAAUUGGACGAACACUUGGCCGAAUACGGAGACCGAUAUCCCAUCGAUCGUUGCCUGAAGAAGGAC